CUCGUAAAAUAUUUAUUUCCUCUCAGUGGCAAAAUGAUUUUUUUUCAUUCUCCGCUGUUUUUUAGAGUUAUUGUACCUUGGUUAUAUUUGAUCCUAUAUACCUCAGGAGACACAUCUGAUAACAGAAAUUACAUCGAAGAACACCCUGCGUGGGUCUUGAUUCCCAAUGAUAUUUGUGGAAUACCGAGAGAACGACUGAAGCCUAGAAUUAUUGGAGGAAGGGAAGCUGAUCUUGGUCAAUUCCCAUGGAUGGUAAGAUUGGGAAAAUAUUUCGUGAAACACGGAAGAAUGCAUCGCAUUUUUACAUGUGGUGGUGCUUUGAUUACGAAAUUGUAUGUACUGACUGCUGCUCAUUGUGGAUCUGAACUCAAUAUCGUGCGAGUGGGAGAAAAUCGUAUUGGAAGCAAAAACUGUGACAUGCAGGGAUGUGCACCCAAAACUCAAAAUAUAUUUAUCAAGAAAAUGUUCCUGAGCAAUUACAGUACCGAUGAUUUUCGAAAUGAUAUAAUGCUGGUCCAAUUGCAGGGGCCCGUUGAAUUCAAUGAUUUCGUAAAACCGGUUUGUUUGCCACGUGGAAAUCUGUUGAGUAUGAACCCGUUGGGAAAAUAUUUCAGAAUAGCUGGAUGGGGAAAAACAAAUUCAAAUGAAAAUAAAAUUUCUCAGAAGCUUAUGUUUUUCUCUGGCCCUGUAUUGAAUGAUGGAAAUUGUAAUACAAUAUUUAAACAUCCGAUGGUCGAUUCCCAAUACUGUGUUGGAUUUNAUAUAAAAAAAUAUACAUCAGGAAAGGAUUCAUGUAUUGGAGAUUCAGGAGGUCCAAUGACUAGAGCUGUCAAAACCAAUGGAAAAAAGCAGACUUAUAUAUUCGGAAUCGUUUCUUAUGGUCUAACCGAUUGUGGUGAGGGUCCUGGAAUAUAUACAAGAGUGAUUUCAUUUUUGCCGUGGAUUUUAGACAAUAUAAAGGAAUAUUAGAUGUAGUUUGAAUAAUUUUGGAAUAAAAUCAUCCCAAUGAGAA